AACAUGAAAAUCCUCGUGGCCUUGGCCGUCUUUUUUCUCGUCUCCACUCAACUGUUUGCAGAAGAAUUCGGAGCCAACGAUGAUCUGAAUUAUUGGUCCGACUGGUCCGACAGCGACCAGAUCAAGGAGGAGCUGCCCGAGCCCUUUGAACAUCUUCUGCAGAGAAUCGCCCGGAGACCCAAGCCUCAGCAGUUCUUCGGCUUAAUGGGCAAACGGGAUGCUGAUUCCUCAAUUGAAAAACAAGUGGCCCUGUUAAAGGCUCUUUAUGGACAUGGCCAGAUCUCUCAUAAAAGGCAUAAAACAGAUUCCUUUGUUGGACUAAUGGGCAAAAGAGCUUUAAAUUCUGUGGCUUAUGAAAGGAGCGCGAUGCAGAAUUAUGAACGAAGACGCAAAUAAACCACCUCAUGCAUAAUUUAUUGAGCUUCAUGUGUGUCAGUGGCCAAUGAAAGGUAACAUGAGACCUGCACCAUGAGGAAUAAUUAUUUAUUUAAUAAUCAUUGUUUUGAGUGGAAAACUCAAAAAAAAACUCUUUUUCAUAUUGUGCCAAUACGUGCUGUGAAAGUGUGUUAUAAUUCCAAUAUGACCCCCUCAGAUGUAGAAAUAAGUGGGCAUUUCUCAACAAAGCACAGUGUUCAGUGAAACUGAAAUAUAUUCUUCAAAGAAAGAAGUCAUCUUGGUUUCCUGGAAGCAGUCAUGUCAGCCACUGCUGAAGGAGAGGGAUCUCAUGGACAGGCUUGUGCUUCCUCUGUUUUCAUGGUGGAAAUGUGCUAAGAUUUGGUAUCAAAGUGUAUCCCUGCAGCAUGUGUCAUGUGUUGUGACUUAAAUAGAGAUGUUUUACAAAUUUUCACGUGAUUCUAUGGUCUUCAUUUCAUUGUAUAAUGUGUUGUGAUAGUUAACAUUUUAAAUAAAAGAAAAAAUAUCUUGAGAA